AGAAGAAGAGUAGAUUCUCUUUUGUAUGAUUAACCAUGGGAAGUGAAGUAAUAAACCCAACCAAGCCACGGUUUGAUCUAAGCAUGUCAAAAAGAACUCGAAAACCAUGGUCUAGUCUCAUCAACGAUACGCAUCACCAUGGCAUAUCCACGCAAAGCUCACAACCGAAACCAGAAAAAGAACAAGAGCAAAUCGAAGACAAAGAGAUUGAUCGUAAGAGUUUGAACAAUCUGAUGAGAUACGAGGAGAAACCAAAUGGAGAAGCUAAUGUUAACAACAAGAGCUCUCUAGAUCAACAUUUCGGGGAUGACGAGGGGAUCAAGCAGACGAUGCAAUUGGUGGUGAAGAAAGAGAAGCAAGGUGGUGUGAAAUUCAAAGGUAUGAUGGGUCGAUAUGUUAAGGUUUGGAGCGGUUUGAUAAAGGCCAAACGUGACCGCAAAACACCUGUCUUACGGUUUAAAACGUGAUUACGAUUGUAUAUAUAUACAAACGUUUCAUGUAUAUGAUCACAUAUACAUGUAUUAUAAAUUUAUACGAUUAGUUAGUAGAUAUGUUUUGAGUACGUACGUAUUAUUGAUGUGCAAGUAUGUUGUUGGCAUAUUGUUUAUCGAAGAUAUAUUUCUGUUUUUCUUUUCAAUACAUGUACUAUACAAUUUCUUUCUAAUUUAAUCAACAUUGCUUAGGAUC